UGAUUGUCAUCAUAUCUAUCACAAGUGCCAUGUACAUUUUAUUUAUUAUUCGUCUUGAGACAAGUAAGCAAGAUUUCGAGCAUUCAAAAAGCAGUCCUUUGAGAAUAAGUAACGUUGAAUCUAACAAACUGCCAUUUGCAAGUUUGUUUAUACGAUUAACAGGGAUGCAUAUAGAACGAUUUUAUUGCGAUUUUUUAAGGACAAUGGUGUUGUUUUGGCCCGCCUCAUACGGUAACCUUGUGGUGGUAUUGGAUGAAGAGUCAGAACUUGAUCAUAAACUAGCAGAAAUCAUGAAAGAUCACUUUACUAAAUACUUUCCUCGUCGUAAUUUGAAAAUUUUUUAUGAAGCUUUACCAAACGGUCAUGAAACACUCUUAAAAAUGCCAUGGCCUAAACGAGACACUGGUUACAACAGACAAAUUUGGAGCAGUUUUUAUAAUGAUCUGUACACAAACGAUACGGUUAUAGCAUGGGUUGAUUCCGACACUGCAUUUUCAGCGUCUGUGACCCAUCGUUCAAUGUUUAAUGGCACACGCUUAAGAGUUAUUGGUACAGACUGCACACUAUUACACGCUGAGUUUGCAAGACAAUGCGACAGAGCUAUAUUUCUUGCUCUUGGUCGACAAGCUGUUGGGGACUUUAUGCUACAUUUUCCAAUUUACAUAUAUCGUGAUACAUUUACAAAUUGUAGAAAAUACUUAAUAAAUCGAUAUAAAGCUCGGGAUUUUGAAGAGGUUUACAGAAAUAUUAGCGCAAAUGGUUAUAUAUGUCCGGUAAGUCUUGUCCUAAAUUACGCAUGGCACUUUGAACGAGAACGUUACGAUUGGAAUCUGAAAAUUUGCAGUGCAUCUUUAGAUGAAUACAAUAAAAGAUUUGAAACAAAAGCAGCUAUAAGACCUUCCGACAUCAGAGAAAUUUUAUCAGAUCCUCAGUUAAGUGUUCAUACGGGUGAACCUGGGUCGGCACUUGAUUCAGCUCAGUUAAUAUUAACCAGUUAUUGCUUAUCAAACAAAGAGGCUGGUAUAAAGGCUAAACAUUGUGUGAACGAAUCCGAUUAUGAAAUUAAUAAUUCCUUGAUUCUCUUUAAAUAUGGAAGAGCACCAGAGACCUGUGUUGGAGACAUGGUUGAGGUAUGCCUUAAGAUUUUGCGACAGCAUUAUUGUCUUGUUGGUUCUGAAAUAAAGAGUAAAAAACGUAGAAUGAACUGGAGUGACGUUGUUCUUGUUGAAGAUCUUGUUUAUGACGUUAAUGGCUCAUGUCCAGCUAUCCAUAACGGAAGUCCUGGGAAAAGGAUUCCAGUAGUAUGAAAUGUUUUAUGAAAUAACAAUUAGACGUUAGUGUUUUAUGCUAUAUACAAGCAAGCGGAAAUGUGAAAGCUGAAUUUAUGUAAGCAAGCGCAGCUGUAAAAUUUGGUAAAUAGUAAAGUUAAAACAACUAAAAUGUAGAAUUACUGCAAUAUUA